AUGCCUGUCAACUUGUCAAAAAUACCUACACUACGUGAGCUGUAUACGGCUGCGGCGAUUACGGCGGCCAGUGGCUCUACAGCCUACUAUCAGCCUCGAGAAUCGCUGCUGGAUCGAGUCUCGCUCUAUCAAGGUGACAUUACGAAUCUGGAAAUUGAUGCCAUCGUCAAUGCAGCAAACAGAAGCCUAUUGGGUGGCGGUGGUGUAGAUGGCGCUAUCCACGCGGCCGCUGGCCCAAAGCUCGUGGAAGAAUGUCGCACUUUGAACGGAUGCGAGACUGGCGAUGCAAAAAUCACGAGAGCAUAUGAAUUGCCGUCGAAGCACGUCAUUCAUACUGUCGGUCCGAUAUAUUCCUCCCGCAAUGUUGACUUGAAAGCCGAGCAAUUGCGCUCAUGCUACAAAAUCAGCCUACAGCUGGCUAUCGAGAACUCAUUGAAGCACGUGGCUUUCCCGUCGAUAUCUACGGGCAUCUAUGGCUAUCCCAUUGAAGACGCCACACAUAUUGCUCUAGAUAUGGUGCGUCAAUUCACGGACGAGGAUGAAGGCGACAAGCUCGAACGCAUCAUAUUCGUGGUCUGGAGUGACGCUGAUAAGAAAGUUUACGAAAAACUGAUUCCGCUCUAUUUUCCUCUUGAGGCGGGAGAGGUGUCAUAA